ACAUGCUGGCUGGGGAAUUCUGGGAGUUGAAGUUCACAAAUCUUAAAAGAUGCUAAGGUUGAGAAACACUAGCCUGGAAGACAAAUUACCCAUAGAAACUUCGGUGCAUUUGGAAAAGGCGGGAUGGGAGAGCCAAGGCUAUAUUCUGUUUCCUUCCAGAGAAGAUUUUAGAGACACCCUUUAGUUGUACAAGGGGGCGGAGUCUUUUUCCUGACAAACAUACACCACUGCAUUUCACUCACAAAAUUAGGGUACCAGGCCCACCCACAUUAAGACUAUUAAAAACCAAACAAAAAUGAAGAAAAGUCUGAAUAAUCUACCAGUGUUCUAAUUCCACAAAAAGGACUUUGGUUUUCCUUUUGGACUGGGUCUGGGGUGUGGUACAAAUGAAGUGCCAUAGAACAAAUGGAAUAGCUGAAAGAAGGAAACAGAAUGGCAAGGUAGGUCUAACAUGGCCAUCCAAAGCAAUUUGCGAUAAAGUUCAUAUAUAUGGAAAGUGCUAUGAGAUUAUGUUGGUUUUGCUUUAACCCUUCUAGCAUUUUGGAAACUUCAUGUUGGCAUAAACAUCUUACAUUUAGGUUAGUUUUCUCUUAUGAUGGAACUCAUUACCAUAGGAUAUGGGAUUGAGAGAUUUAAUCAUAUUUUAGGAUUAAGAUUAAGGCAGCAGGCCUAACAUUAGAUAUUAAGAAUGAUUUAAACGAUAACUUGCAAGCAGUGAUUUUUCCAAUCAGAUGCUAGGCAAAAAAAGUAAAUGGUUAUCACCACAUUGUCCAGAGGCAUCUACCUGACCCCUCUUGCAGAUAGAAGCUGACCUAGAUCUUUUAAGAUAGGCAAAGUUCCUUAUUCCAUGUUAUCUCAUUGUCUACACAUGCUACAUAAGCAAAAGCAUAUAUCCUAUGUAAUAUAUAUAUGGUGUAUUUUGGUUAAUUAUCUAGCUAAACAGAUUAGUUGGAGGGUUCCAUAUGGAGAAGAGAAGAAACUGGAUUACAUCAGUUCCAAAUGUACUCACAUGGCCUUGUAAGAAAAUGUUGCUAUAGAAUCUAUAUAAUGGAGAAGUCUGAGUAGUGGAAUUACAGUUUUCAGAAUGUUGAUUCACUUGUUUUGUUGGAUAUUAAAUAAGAUUUAGGAAAUCUUAAUGCAGGAACAUCAUUUCCAAGAUUGACAGAUAUCGGUACAAUAUGUCUUGUCCUUUUCUUGCUAUCUAAGGAAGCAGCUAAUUAAUUUUGAUACUGGAGUUUUCUCUAUAUGAAUAUUUACAAUAGGCAAUUGACCUGUGAUAAAUAAAAGUGAUCUGAUAUUCCUUUGUUAAAGUUAAGGUAUUGAAACCUUUGCUCCUAGAGCUAUUAAGAAACUGCAUUAGUACUUCCUAUUAUACUGCAGUAGCAGGAAAUUUAUCCUGGCUCCAAGGAAAUUAGACAUUUAUACACAGUGCCACACUGCAGACACUUCUGAUUUUAGGCUGAGACUGUAACCCAGCAAGGUUCAUAGAUGAGCAGAGAUUGAAACAGUCUUCAGGGUAUCUAUACCCAAAUGUCAGCUACUACAUCAUACUGAUUCUCAUUAGGGUGUCUAGAAAAAUAUUUCUAUGCAUAAGUUAUGCAUAGAAUAAGUUAAUGAAGGCAAGAUUAAAUUAGAAUUUAUCUUGUUGAUACGCUAAGAAUGUUGAUUCAAGUCUCAUUUUGAUUGAUGUUGACAAUAGGAAAGAAGGGUGAAAGAAUAACCUUUUAACAAAAUAAACUCUUAUAAGGUUCUUUACAAAAAGGUGAUGUUAAAAAGAGCCAUAUAUCCAGAAUUAAAAAAAACUUGAAUAGCUGAAAAAUUGUUAUUGAAUCCAAGAAAAUUCAGCUUUUUACCAUAGAGAGAUGAUAAGAUCAAGUUCAAUGGAGAAGCAAAAGCAUUAGACAAAAAUGUGGGCAAAGACGACUUAAAAUAAUUUUUUCUUAACCAUUUGUCAUGUUAUUGGAUGUAAGUCACCCGCACUAGAAUUCUAUGUCUUAUUGCCCCAUGCUCGUUUCAGUAGGGGGGAGGGGAAGGGAGGAAGAGACAUUCUAUUUGCAACCGUAUGUGGAAUUACAUAAAUCUCUUGUAUUUGGAGCUUGGCCAACAGAAUUAAAUUUGCUAGAUGCUCUUUCAUUUCCUCAUCUGUACCUUCUUCCAGUAGCACUCCUAAAGAAUUAAAAAAUGGUUCCAAGUUCACGGAAGCUGUGAUUUCUCUUGAGGCAAAGUAUGUGGGCUGAUGCUUCAGAGCCAUACACACCUAUUUCCUGCAACCUAGGCAAUUAGCUAAUAGUAUAAAUCCCAGUUUCUGAUGUGACUGAGUCAGCAAGGGCUCAGCACAGAACACACACAAAGGAAUUACCACCCACAAAACAUACAAGUGGCUGAGCGAGAAGUGAAAAGUAACAUUGAAGGAAAGGUGCUUGAAACAAAUCUGAAAAUAUGCUCUGAUCUUUCAACUACUGCCAAGGAACGAAACCACAAUGUGCACUGAACAGGAUGUCCUUCCUUCUAUGUUCCCCACUUGGCUGCUUCUCUACUGGCCCAUCUCACCCAAAUAGAAGAAAGGAGUUCACUGACUCCAGGAGCCUCAGUUUACCCGAAGACUAUUGAUCAGUUAACAAACAUCACUUUGUUACUGCUUCUCCCAACAUGGACACAUGGCAGAGAGGAUCUCUCAGGUCCUCAGGUUUCUUCAAGCGGCUCUCACUCAGGAGGCACAAGAAACUGGACAAUCAGGCUAUUAUCUUGAACCAGAACAGCCACACAAUAGACUCCAAUGAACAGUAUGACAAAAAGAAGUUCCUAAGAAAUUUCAAAGAAAAGCCAGACUAUUUUUCAUGUCAAAGUGAACAAAACCUUGCCACUAAAACACAGCCACCUCCCAAACCACCUCGCUUAUAUCUGGACAGUGCCAGCUGCCCUAAUAUAAUAGACCACAAAGCAUCUUCCUCUACAGAAAUCUCCUUUUUAAGCACUUCCUGCCAUUUUCACAAGGCUACUCAAACACCCCCAGACCUACUUUACAAGGACCAAACCAUGAACUCUGAAACUCUCUCCAGGCACAGUAAACCUCCCCUUGAUCCAUCAGACCCCUUCUUUUCUUUCACACUAGACUUGGGGCCCUCACUGCUGGAUGAUGUUUUACAAACCCUCAGAAAACAGAAUUUAUUGUUAAAUUAGCUGGAAUUCUCACUAAAACCAAGGAAUUAAUCAUACUGGCUCUUCUGAUUCAUAGACUAAGUUACUUUUGGUUCUUUUUAAAAUGGGCCUUUUCCCAUAAGAAGACUGUGUCAUCUCUUAGAAGUUACUAUUAAUUAAUCUUCCUUUUUUAUCUCAUUUUGAUGAGCAGGCAAUAUACUUGCUAUAUUUGGACUAAUCAGAAAUCCUAGAGCAUAUGUGUAAUGUGCAAGAGAAUGGGAGGUUUUGGCAAGAGGGUCUGUAUCAUACGGAAUGCAUGGAUUUGUUUGGGUAAAAUAAAAUAUCUCAGAGGCCAGCUGUUGUACAUAAGGCUACUUUAGACACAGAGGGCAAGAACCCUGAUCCAUCGAUAAGUGAAAUGGAAACUCUGAAUAUGAAGUUUAUCUUCCUUUGUGUCAAUACAGAGUUUCUGUAAUUUCUUCCUUCAAUAGGGGGGAAUGAAAUUAUAUUAUUAACUGCAUCUACAUCAUACUAUGGAUAUAAAAUGUGAAAGAGAAAGUAUAAACUAAUCUUUAUUAAACAAAUUUACUUUAUUUCCUUUGCACCUUCUUUAAUUUCCAGUGACAAGUAUUCAUCUAACAGUGUAAAUGGGGAAAAUCUUUGUAUUACCCUUUCCAGGCUGGCAUCUUCAAAAAAUGUUGGGCUGCAGCUUCUAAUAGUCCCACCCAACUUGAUCCUUGCUGUGAUGAAACACAUCUGAAAGGUGUUAGAUUGGGCAGACAGGCUACCCUACUAUAUCAACCACUAUAUCUACUACCAGCAAUCAUUUGCAGGCAUCAAUUUGGUUUACAGUAAGCAUCAGUUAGAGAACAAAAACUAGCACGAGGAAGCCAUAAUUUCAAAAGAAAGCAGCAAGUGACCUCAUCUAAACUGGAUCAGAGUCCCACAGCAGCUUUCUUGCCAAAAUAAAAGCAGCUGCAUUAGGCAGACAUAAACAUGACUAAUGCUAUACAUAGCUCAUGGAAUAAUCCUACUGAAUUCUCAACUCCACCUACUGCUGCAUACAUAAGAUGAUGACUGCACCAUCAAGAUAAAGCUGAAUUGUGACAAGAAUUCCUAAUAUACAAAGGGCUUCUGUGGUUGCUUCAACUUUAGGCUGAUAUGAAUAUGUCGGUGUCAGAAGUGAAUUCACAUUAUUUCCUCAGGCUGAUAGCAAGUAUAGUCAGCCUUUGCCAUUUUCUCAUUCCUCUAACACAAAAAAAUUAAUAGCAUUAUAUACCUCAAGGGGAUUACCAACAAACAGGUUCAAACCACAAGAUGUUUCCUCCUGGAUGCCUCAGAAUGACAUGUACACAAUAGGCGUAUAAUUGCCAGCAAAUGGACAGAUAAACCCUAUGGAUGGCAGGGAGUGGGGUGCAUGAGGAGGAUUUGAAGUGAAAAUACCUCACAACACCUAGAACAGGAAGUUGUGGGAAGGUAUUUUCCAACUGGUUUCUUUGCCCAGUGUAAUUGUAAAAAUGUUUUCCUCUCAUUAAAAUCAAGGGGAUAGAAUUAACUGUUUCAGCUCCAAGUCUGGUAUAGCUUGCAGGCCCAGCAGGGGAAUGACAGGACUUGGGGGCAGGUAUUUUUUUCAGCUACUGAGCUCUUUGACAUUUUGCAUGGCAUGUGUGCCCUCACAAUAGGUCCAUAGUGGAUGCUCACUUAUUCCACAAAAUGCUUGUUAUGGUAAAUAUGACUAAACUCUAACUAACCGUUUAUUACAAAGCAAAUCUGUGAGAUCUGUUACCCCCUUCUAUUUAUUUUACUUUUUACUCUUUAUGGCCAUAAUAUAGAGAACAGAUUGAAGGAAAAACCACCACAACAUACAAGACAGCAUA